CUGGAUGAAAAGGACAACAGGUUUUCUUCAUGGAAUCAUCCAAAAUAACAAAUCUGGCCUCACCAAAGCAACCUUCUUCUCAUCAAUGUCUAAAGAUGUUUUGGGCGUUUUGCUGCUCAUUUCUAGCUUCUAUCUAUAUUCUGGUUCUUGUAUAGAUUUCACUGCCUCGUUUCAAUUUGUCAGAGACCCUGAUACUAUCAGCUCAGGAAGCUUCAAACUUGGGUUCUUUAGCCCGGGAAAUUCAACCAAGCGCUAUGUUGGAAUUUGGUAUCUAUCUGAAACCACAGUCGUAUGGGUGGCUAACAGAAACAGCCCUCUCAGAGAUUCGUCUGGGGUUUUCACAAUUUCUAAAGAUGGCAACCUUGUGGUGUUGAAUGACCAAAAUCUCACACUUUGGUCAUCUAAUGUGUCAAACAUUCCUCCCAAUUCAUCAAUGAUGGCUCUGCUUCUAGAUACUGGGAACCUUGUUCUGAAAGAUAACACCACAGGACAAACACUAUGGGACAGUUUUCAGCAUCCUUCUGAUUCAUUCUUUCCAAAAAUGAAACUUGGUAUAAGCCGAGGAACAGGUGAAAAACCAAAGCUUACGUCUUGGACAUCCCCUUCUGAUCCAUCCAUAGGAAGCUUCUCAGCAAGUCUUGAACGCUUGGAUGCUCCUGAAGUUGUAGUCUACAAUGGAUCUAAACCAUAUUGGCGUUCUGGUCCAUGGAAUGGACAGGAAUUUCUAGGAGUGAAGGCUUCUUCAUAUCUCGACGGAUUCAGUCUAAAAGAAUACAAUGAUACAUAUUACAUCUCCUUUGAUCUGGCAAACCCAUCUUAUUUCGGAGUUUUUAAGUUGAAUUCAACAGGAAACUUGGUUGUAACGGGAUGGAUCAACAAACAGGAAGCUGGAAGAUGGAGGAUUCAACAUAAUGAAUGCGAUAUUUAUGGUCAAUGUGGAGCAUUUGCCUUCUGUAAUUCCCAGAGUACUCCAGUUUGUAGCUGUUUAGAUGGGUUUGAACCGAAGAAUCCAGAUGAAUGGAAUAAGCAAAACUGGACAAAUGGUUGUAUAAGAAAAGCACCAUUGCUGUGUGACAAGAGGAUAAAAAAUGGAAUUGAAGAUGCGUUCAAGAAAAUAGAGAACAUGAAAACACCAGAUUUUGUAGAGAGAUUAUUGCAGGUUCCUGAAGAAAAUUGCAGUAGGCAAUGCUUACAAAAUUGCUCGUGUUUGGCUUAUGCAUAUGAUGCUGCCAUAGGAUGCAUGUCUUGGAGUGGUAAAUUAAUUGACAUUCGAACAAUCGCUUCUGGAGGUGUUGAUCUCUACAUUCGUCUAGCAAAUUCAGAACUCAAAAAACAUGAAGAAAAUGUAGGUGAACGAAAGAACAAGCGGAAGGUAACAGUGAUUGCUAUUACUGUGACAGUUGGAGCCACUAUUUUUGGUGCAUGUUCGUAUUUUUUGUGGACAAUAAUUGUUGCCAGAUCAAAAGGAAAAAAGAAUCAAAAUGGUCUGAGUGAAAGCAUGAAAAGAGCGUCAAGACAAGGAAAACUAGAGGAGCUUCCACUGUUUGAGUUUGAAAAGGUUGCAAUUGCAACAAACAAUUUUCACCAAUCUAACAGGCUUGGUCAGGGAGGUUUUGGUCCUGUGUACAAGGGAGAAUUGCAAGAUUCACAAGUCAUAGCCGUUAAAAGACUUUCAAGAGGCUCUGGACAGGGUCUUGAAGAAUUUAUGAAUGAAGUGAGGGUGAUAUCUAAACUUCAGCAUCGCAAUCUUGUAAGACUUCUUGGUUGUUGUAUUGAAGGAGAUGAAAGGAUGUUGGUAUAUGAGUACAUGCCAAACAAAAGUUUGGAUGCAUUGCUCUUUGGUUCAAGGAGAGAUUUAUUCUUAGAUUGGAAAAAACGCUAUAAUAUAAUGGAAGGAAUUGCUCGUGGACUACUUUAUCUUCAUAGAGAUUCAAGAUUAAAAAUUAUACACAGAGAUCUUAAGGCGAGCAACAUCUUGUUAGAUGAAGAGUUAAAUCCAAAAAUAUCAGACUUUGGUUUGGCAAAGAUUUUUAAAGGCGAUGAGAAUGAUCAAGGAAACACCAGAAGGGUUAUUGGAACAUAUGGGUACAUGUCUCCUGAAUAUGCAAUGCAAGGACUAUUUUCAGAGAAAUCAGAUGUAUUUAGUUUUGGGGUGCUGUUAUUAGAAAUUGUUGCUGGAAAGAAAAACACUAGCUUCUAUCAUGAGGAGAUGCCCUUAAGCCUAUUGGGAUUUGCAUGGAAACUACGGGUUGAAGAUAAUAUUAAAUCCCUAAUAGACCGAGAUAUAUAUGAUCCAAGCUUUCAUGUGGAGAUCUUGAGAUGCAUACAUAUUGGACUUCUAUGCGUGCAAGAAGCUGCCAAAGAUAGACCAAAUAUGUCCACUGUAUAUUCAAUGCUUAAUAGUGAGAUUGUCAAUCUUCCUUCACCAACACAACCUGCUUUCACCAAGAGUCAAUAUACUGUGAGUGCAGAAUCGUCUCAACAAAGUGAUCCUACUUACUCCAUAUGUAACACUGUGACGAUCACAGAAGUACAAGGAAGAUGAACUUCUAGCUCCCUAAAGUCAUAAAAACAUAUGUUAGAGUUCACACCUGUCCCGACCAAAGGUUAAGGAAGUUGGUGUCUUGAUGACAGGGAAGCCGGUGAUCAAAGUCUCACUGAACAACAGCUAUGAUUAUAUCAGUCUUAAGAUUUUAAGAUAGCAAAAUUUCUCGCUAUUCAUCCAGUACGUUUUUUACUAGGAUGUAUUUGUUUUGACUAUAUUACUACUUCGGUUUAUAAACUUUCGGUCGAAUCUAGCGAAA